CCCAAGAACAAGAAACACCUGGGCAUUGCCAAAGUCAUCUUUGCCACCGUCAAAGGAGCCAGGGAUGCGGUGAAACAUUUGCACAACACCUCUGUGAUGGGCAACAUCAUCCACGUGGAGCUGGACACCAAAGGUGAGACACGAAUGCGGUUCUAUGAACUGUUGGUUAAUGGUCUGUACACACCUCAGACUCUUCCAGUUGGCAGCGACUUGGAUGCUUCACCCACUGUGAAUGAAACUCCACAGGUUAAUGAACUUGGGAAACGUACUAAAGAAACUAGUGGAGGUGCAUCAGUUACUCCAAACAGCAGUACUCCAUUUUCCCAUGAUACAGCCUAUUCAAGCUGUCGACAAGAUACCCCAAACUCUUACAGUCAGUUCACCCCCCAGUCGCAAGGAACCCCUCACACCCCACGUCUGGGAACACCUUAUUCUCAAGACUCCAGCUAUUCCAGUCGGCAAACAACACCAGCUUUUCAUUACGGACAAGACUUUAAACCAAGGAGACAUGAAACAAAGUUUACGGAUGCUUACAACCGG